CUCUCAUCGGCGAGAUGGACUGGGUGCGCAAGGGCGGCUCCCUGCGCGAUGCGAACGGCCGCCGCGACAUGGUGCGCACGGAGCAGCUGCGCGCGCAGGUCCGGAUGCUGGACGAGGAAGCGCGGCUCAUGAACCUGUGGAGUGGCUACGAGACGCGUUGGCGUGCCAUGCUGGCGGGAACGGGCCCCGUUACCUUCGCAAACGUGCCUUGGCCCCUUCCUGUGGCACUGAAGACUGUCGACGAGCUCGUCCCGGCUGCGUUAGAAGAGUUCCUGUUUGGGUCCUUGCGACUGAAGGAUAACACGGUUACGAGGCGCGAGCGCAUGCGUGCGUCCCUACUGCGAUGGCACCCGGACAAGCUUUCCGUUCUCAUGUCGAGGGUCGUCGAGGAGGAUGAGGCCGUGGUCCGGGAAGGCAUCCACACGGUGUUCCGUCACCUCAAGGCCAUGCAAGACUCUGACAGGCGAAGUCCUGACAGUGCCGCUGGCAAGUCAUAGAGUUCGACCAUCGAUGUGAUUGUCGAACAGUCGUUUUCAUCAUGGAUAUGGUCCUGCAGAUCUUCGGACCCCAAUGUAGAUUAUUGUACUUCUUGCCCUGUAUCAUACAAAGUUCCGCCGCGUCAAAC